AUGGGGCUCACCUACGUUCUUUUGUCUGUUCUUGUCUUACAAGCAACCCACGCACUUGCCAAAGAGGGAUGCGAGACCGCUAUAGUUGGAGCCGGAAUUGGUGGCGCUUAUUCUGCCUUCCGUUUGGCAAGCCCAUCAGUCUGUAUCUUUGAAGCCAACCGUCGCCCAGGAGGGCGCAUCUUGACCGUUCGGGAUCCAAGCGCCUCGUUUCUGAACUUCACUAUUGACCUUGGUGCGUAUCGCUACCAUCGUGCACACCAUCGUCUUGUCCGCCUCGUUGCUGAAGACCUACUCAACCUUCCUGUGGCUUGCUAUACGGACUUGCUCAACAACCGAAAAGAUUGUCCGGACGCGACGAUUCGUCUCUUUUCAACUCGAGGGAACGUGCUUGGAGCUCUUGGAGGCCGGAUUGCUCAAGACUUAAUAAAGAAGUACGGACCGUUCCUGCCAUAUGUGAUUCAGAGGAGCUUUCGGUGGGGACAAGGAAAGCCCUUGAAGGAAAGACGGACAAUGUCUGGGUUGCUAAUCGGGCCAAACUCAGUAAUCAAAGAGAUCCGAGAUCGCGUUGAGGAGCUUGAGAAAGAGGAAGACUAUGCGAAAGCGAUGCAGAUUGCGGACGAAAUCAUUGCGGCAAUGCAAGAUGGCUCGUACAGAGGCAUCCCGUAUUCAGAGAUCAGUUUGAUGCAAGUCGCGAUCCGUGAAGGCUUUACGACAGAGGAGAUGCAACUGGAAACGGACUUCUCAUUUCUCAGCAGUGUGGAAAGGCGGCAGACGCUAGAAUACAACGGGCAGCUUUCAAUCAGGCAAAUGGCACUAGAAAAGGGACUUAUAGGGCUUAACAAUCUAGUGACGCCGAUGGAGAAGCGGCGUGGAGUGCUACGUAGAGCGGGCAUGAUCACGCUCGUGGACGGCCUGCUUGAGCGGGCGAUGAAGGGCGGUGUGCAGGUACAAUAUGGGAAGAAGGUCGUGAGAAUUACGCGCACCGGAAAUGAGAAGAGGCCUAUAAGACUCAAGUUCGAGGACGGCGGGAUGGUAGAAGUGAAGAACGUGAUUCUCAACAUUGGCAAGCCGGGGCUGAUUGCUCUUGGGCUGGACUCGGAGCCGAUGAUGAGCACCAAGGAGCCUUUCCGGCGAGCGGUCGAGCGAAACUUUGUGCUGAGCUUAUCCAAGACGUAUUGUUUCUGGGAAGACGCGUGGUGGUUGACAAAGUUGGGGCAACGGGAUGGGCGUAUUCAGGUUCCUUCAGAUUCGAUGCAGUCAAUGCGAUACCACGAUGGACACGUCGUGUGCAAGGACGAGAGAAGGCUUAAAAGUUGCCGUGGCGGAUUGCUCGCGUCGUACUCGGGGGGCGAUCAGAUGGGGCUUGGGGCUGCUUUGCAUGCGCACGUGCAUAAUGCUAAACCGUACACACCGCUGACAAGCAGUGACAACGUAGUGAAAUUGAUUCCAGGGAAGAUGUCUGGAGUAGAGCAAGUAUACUUUGAUGACCUGCACGCACAAAUCAAGCGUGUGCACAAGAGGUCGGUGGAGCGGAAGGGGCUUGACGUGGACAAGGUGAUUUCCAAGCCGGCUAUGUGCCUAUUUGCGGAUUGGCGGGAGGUGGGUACUCAUGCGGCCAUGGGGCCGGGAAAAGGAAGAACGAAUGUGUACGAGUUGUACGCUAAACCGGUUAGUGAUUUGAGAAUCGCACUGGUAAACGAAGCGUGGAGUGGGGACCAAGGGUGGGCGGAGGGGAGCUUGAGAAGCGCAGAGCGGGCGCUGUUCCACCAAUUCGGAAUGGAGAAGCCAGAGUGGAUGGAUAAGGAGUAUCACCGGUCGGUGAUUGAGAGGUACAACCAGGGGUGA